GCAGUUAGCAAGUAUACCGUUGUCGACCAUAUGCAAAAAAAAAUCCUUACAAACUAAAACUACUCAUAUUAGCAAGGAUAAAGCUUAUAUUACCAUGGACAGAGGCAAGGUGAUUAUGCUUGUGAUGGUCAUCCUUCCAUGCCUCAUAAUAUUUUCUCAGGCUCAAGCAACUGAUCAGCUGGAUAGCGGUAAGAUCGAGUUAUGCAUAUGCCCAGAGAAAGAUCCACCUGCCCAAAUGGUUUGUGCUUCUGUUGUGCACUGGAGCAAGAACGUUGCUCUAGGACUAGGAAAGAAUGCAUUUGUGAACCUGGUUGCCACCAACCUCCUUCAGAUGCAACCUACCCCCGUCCCCUCUCUUUGCCUUAAAACACUGUUUCAGAUUGUUGUGAUGAAAAGUAUUGUCAUGAAUAUCUUGGAGUAAAGAAAUAAGUUAUAAUCAUCA